UCAAAUAUUAACAGAUAGGUUUCGUCAUUGUUGUUUUCCUUUCCUCGUUUUGUCUCCUUGAGUAGUGAUAAAACAAGAAAAUUCAGUGGCAAACCGUUAUUUUGUCGUAAUAAACUAUCACUGAUCGCAUCUGUAAUAUAUUUGAUAUAGACUAGAAGUGAAAUUGAUUUGCGUUAAACUCAAAGCUUAUCAUAGUAUAUAGUGGAAAUUGACCUAUUAGUUGCGUAGAAAAUAAUUGGUACUACAUUGGUGUGAGUGAGACAACAAACUCAAUUCCAUUGACACCUAAAAUUUUCCCAUCUACCGAGGCUACUGCGGUCGUUUUAUGGGAAAUAUUGUUUUACGGAGUCGUGCUUUGUCGAACAUGAGUGACGUUGAGUUCGAAGAGGAUGUUGAUAUUGAGGAUGAUCUGUACGACGAGCCACAAAAUGCGGAUGAAGCACUGAGCGAGCAUCACCUGGUUUCAAUCCUUAGACAGCUCAUUAGUAGUGGUGAAAUUCAAAUCCUCAACCAGGAUCAUUAUUAUUCAAUGUCAUUACCUGUUAUCAAAAGACGUCCCAAUCUGGAACUACUCAAGAAAAGCGCCAUCUAUCAAAGUAUUAAGCAAGCUUCUGGAUAUGGAGCGGAUGCAAGCAGCCCCACAGAGAAGUUUUCGUUGAUGGAAAUGCUGACCAAGCGACAGAGUGGAUUCGGAACCAAGGGUGGACCAUUUGCAUCGAGCGACAAGUGCAAGAUUAGCAAUUUAUACGUUCCAAAUCGUACCAAGCGAACGAUAUGUGACUGCGGCUCAAAGGUGUUCUGCGGGAGAUUUUCACGCGAUGGCUCUCAAUUUAUCAGUGCCAGUCAAGAUACGCAAAUCCGGGUCUUCGAUUCCACAAGUAGUCUUUAUCCGUUGAAGCGACAAAUUGAGGCAAAAAAUGUUUCUUGGUCAAUUUUGGACAUCGAUUUUAGUCCUAAUGGAGAAUACUUUGUGUAUUCGACUUGGGCGGACGCAUUAUUUGUAUCGCGUAUGAAUGAGAUGGCAACUGACGAUAUCCACAUUUGUUUUCUUAAUUCGGAUAACCAAAAGUUUGGUGUGUUCACUGUGGCUUAUUCCAAUUGUGGCAAACAAAUAUUAGCAGGUGCCAACGAUGGUUGUUUGUACGCGUAUGAUCUAAUUGAUAGUCGGCAAGUGUUGAAAGUGCCAGUUGCUGAAGAAAAGCACGACGUCAAUGCGGUUGGAUUUGUCGACGAAACGUCUAACAUUUUCUUUAGCGGAACUGAUAACGGAAUUAUCAAGUUAUGGGACCGUCGAUGCCUUAAUGAGGAGAACCCAGAACCCGCAGGUGUAUUGGUGGGACACUACGAUGGCAUUACUUACAUAGAUUCACGAAACGAUGGCAGGUAUAUCAUUUCCAAUUCCAAAGACCAGAGUAUCAAACUAUGGGACUUGCGCGUUUUUUCACCGUCUGACGCAGAAACUAAAAUCAGGGAUCUUCUAAGUUAUGGUAGUUGGGAUUACCGGUGGGAUGAAGUACCGAAGCGAUUUUACAACCCGACUAAGCCGCUUGAAGGUGACACAAGCGUAAUGACUUACCGUGGACAUCGCGUACAAAAGAGCCUAAUUAGAGCCAAAUUUUCGCCAGCCUCUACGACUGGUCAGCGUUUUAUUUAUACUGGCUGUGGAACAGGACGCCUAAUAAUUUAUGAUGCGUUGACCGGAAAAAUUGUCCAAGCAAUCGAAAGCCACAAGGAUGCCGUUCGGGACGUGGCAUGGCAUCCAUAUCGGUCAGAAGUGCUUACUUGUUCGUGGGAUUAUCAUGUAAACCUGCAAACCUACCAAUGCGCCGAUAACAUGGAAAAGAAGACUUUCUCCAAAACACGCCGGCUCGAAGAUACUGAAAACGAGAGUGAGAACGAAAGUCCUCCGCUUCGACGAUCGCGUAGAAUUGCUGCGUUGCGACAAGCUCAGUCUAAUUUCGAUUAGGCUGCAUUAGUUCACCGCCUAUAAUUGCAAGUCUAAAAAACAUUCAUGCCUCACAAUGAAACGAAACCGUAAUAAGGGCGAUACACAUUCGACAUUAUUCAGUAAAACAGCAAGUGUGAGUUCAAACUGAGAAGCGUGCAACGGCAUUUUGUUGUCGAGAUCACAUAAAGCUUCGUGAUUGUAAAAUGUGGCUAUGUUCUCGUUUUCAUAAUUUUUGACUAUUUUGACAAUAGUUUUUUUUUGUCAGUGAUACCACAGUCUUGCUCAAAAAAUCUAAUUUUCUCUAAACUUCUAAUUAAUAUAUGCAUGAAGGAAGAGAACUGUAAAAUAUAUAACCGGGUUUUUACAUAUUUCAGUAAAUGUUUUCUUUGGAAAUGCAACAGGAUCUGAUCGAAGAAAAUUCAGUUAGUGAAAGAAGAGAUAUAUUAAUUCAGCUAAAUUAUUGCUGCUACCCUUGUAGGGUAGUUAUGCUAAGUAAGCACUACAACGGUAAACGGUAAGUGUCAUUGAAUAAAAAAAACUUGGUUAAGAUUGUUCAA